AAUAAUUUUCACUAUUGUCAAAAUUUUUUGUCGCCCCGUCAAUCCGGAAUUUUUUCCUAAUAAUUCAAGUAAAUUUUUAUCAAAAUAUAAAUUGUUUGUGUCUAUAGCCAUUUUACAAAAAUGGUAUGCUGUCCCGCUGAUAAAUCAGCAGCUAGAAAAAGCUUAUUGAACGACCUUAAGGCGUUAGUAUGUAAAAUAGGAGGUGACUGUUGUCCUCCGAAUAAUCCUUGCGGUCCGUGCGGACCUUGUGCACCGUGCUGUCCAACUCCUAUGUGCUGUCCGGGUACUUGUCCUCCUCCAACCAAAGCAGUACCAGUAAGCUGCUGUGGUCCACCGUGUUCACCCCCACCAGUUUGUGUUCCGCCAUGUUUACCUAUUUGUACUCCAGUUCCACCAGCAGCCGUGCCCAUUUGUAAUCCUUGUCCCGAACCUCAACCCUGUGUACCAUGCAACCCUCCUCAGAUGAUGGUUGCUUACAGAAUACCGAAAACUGCUCCGGUUUACAGAUCUAAAUCACGAGAACUUCGAGCCAGUAUCCUACACAUUGGGUGUUACUGCGAGAGAAAAAAUGGAUUACAGGAUGACUGUCCGAGACUGGAAUGCCAAGGAGGACCCGAGUGUAUUAAUUGUCCCGAACCUAGAUGUGGACCUAGUGCUUUUGCCAAUGGUAAACAUCUAGGAAAAUCGGUAUGCGGUAUGGAAGAUUUGGAAAAAUAUCAAUGUUAUCCAGCUUUUGUUCGAUUACCACCAUGUGGCCCUUGCGAACCUUGCGCUCCGUGUACUCCUUGUGGACCUUGUCCACCUUGCGGACCAUGUCCGCCUUGCGGACCAUGUGCACCUUGCGGACCAUGUCCACCUUGCGGACCUUGUCCACCUUGCGGACCGUGCGCUCCAUGCGGACCCUGCAUUCCUCAAUGUGUUCCAUGUCCUCCCACUCCUCCGCCAUGUGUUCCCUUAAUUGCUGCUGCUCCUGCACCACCACCGUGUCCACCACCGUGUCCUCCACCAGUACCUGUAGGAAGAGUUUGCCCCGUAUCUCCUGCAGUGCCGAUACCCAUGUGUCCGCCUCCUGCACCAUGUGGACCUUGUGCUCCAUGUAUACCACCUUUUGCGUGUCCUUGUCCUUGUCCGUGUUGAUGUUUGUAAGAGUUUUUUUUGUUUUGCCAUUGAAUGGUUUUGUUAAACUGUGAGUAAAAGUGUUUGAGAUGUUUUUAA